AUGGCCGCUCUCGCAGGCUCCUCGCUAGCCCAGACAUCCGGUGCUGCAUACUGCAGCUCCCUCCAGAGCUCUUUCUUCAACACUCUCUUCGCGGCAGCGCCAACGACACCAGCAGCCAUCCUAGACGCCAUCGCAACAGCAACAGGCAUCCCCCCGCUCCCCACAACCAUCGACCCCAAGGCACACCAGGACCAGCUGUGCGCGAUCGCGUCAGCGCUGCCACAGUCGCUUUUGCCCGAAUUCCAAGAAUACGCUGGGGCUCAACUUGAGUUUGGCAGGGAGCACGAGGACGAGUUCUUCGAAUUCAUCUCUGCAUGUGUCCCCGAGCCCGCGGCCGCCAGCAGCGUCAGCUACCUCGAUCACGUUUUCACCGCCACCGGAAACAUUUGCACAGAGACGGAGACGGCUGCCCCGACUAGCACAGCUGCUCCCGCCUAUCCCACCCCGACUGGCUGCUCAGCCAAAAAGUUCCGCGCUUGA